AUGUUCCACUCUGGUUUACGUUUAUCAAUUGCAAAAAGAGGAAUGCAUAGGGUUCCAACGCUUCCUAACUAUGCACGCUUGGUGAGAGAUGGUAUCCCUAAAGUCCUAUCUGCUAAGGCAUUUGACAUUGCAUGGAAACAACAACAAAAACUGAAUUGUGAAAAACUGUCAUUGCUAACCAGCGGUACAUCGUUGGAAUCGUAUUUGCCAUUUCAUAUCAUUUUGAAUACUUCUAAGAAACAAUUCCAGACUAAUAUAUUCAAUGCAGCCUCUGCAACUCACAAUAAUCAUUUAUUUAUUGAAAAUAUUUUACCCACAGAAACUUCAGUCCCUUCUGAACCUUCAAGACAUUUUCUAUAUGUCGUUGAGAAAUCAUUCGGUUGUUCUUGGGUUGAAUUGAAGAAAGAAAUCAUUAAACGUGCCAAAAAUGAUGUUCUAGGGCAAGGUUGGCUAUUCCUUGUGGAAAAUAAUUACAAAGAAUUUCAUAUUCUAACUAUUCAAAAUAAUGGAUCUCCAUAUUAUUUCCCAAGGAAUCAAUCGAUAGAUUUGAAUAAUGCAAUUUCAUUAGAUGAGUACUCGCAAUUAAAUGAAAUAAAGAAAAUAGUCAAUGAACAGACUUCAAAAAAUGGCAAGGAAAAAGUUGAAGAUUGGACCAUGCCAAUAAUUUGUAUCAACCUAUGUGACCAUGCUUAUUUACAUGAUUAUGGUGUUAAAGGUAGAUCUGAAUAUGUAAAAAACGUUCUAGAUAAUUUGAAUUGGAAUGUUAUAAACGCAAGACUGUACUCUGAUUCAAACAAAUAA